AUGCGGAUCCGCACCCCCAACCAGAAUCCCGUAUUUCUCGACGACGCGGAACCCCGGGGUCGUUUUGCGGGUGCCGGCCAGGGUACCGGACCAGCCGUGCGAGCGGAGCGCGGCGACGAGCGAGGCGCUCUUCGUGGCGAUGCCGGAGCACCGGGCGAGGAUGUUCAGGGCGACGCGCUCGCCGAGGAGGAUCUUGCGGAUGGGGCCGCGGACGGUCGCGACGUGGGUUAUGGAGGUGUCGAUGGGUUGGCCUUCUUGGAUGUGCCAUUCCACUCUGGUUGGGUUGGUUGGUUAGGUUAG